AUGUUUAAGCCGUUUGUCUUCCCUAGACAUUACAAGCCAUACACUUCAGGAGGGAGAAUUGUUGAUAGAGAACCAUUUGGUGCAGGGCUAAACCAAUGUGUCAUUUGUCCGGUGAAUUCCAGCAUGGUUGCCGAAACUAUAGACAAAAAGAAUCAGAACUGGUUUGUACGGACUAGAGAUGCUAAUGAUCUGAUCAUACAAGUUGGAGAUUCCAACUUUCACUUGCACAAGCUCUCAAUGGUCAUGAGAAGUGGAUACUUGAACAGACUAGUAUUCCAGACAAGUAAUGGUCAUGAGAGAGAUACCAGUCUCAAAAUCUGCAUAGACAAUCUUCCAGGUGGAUCCAAAAUUUUUGAGUUAGUAGUAAAGUUUUGUUAUGGUUGGAAGGUUGAUCUAACAGCUGCCAAUGUUGCUCCAUUAUAUUGUGCCGCACAUUUCUUGGAGAUGAGUGAUGAUUUUGAAGUAGGAAACCUCAUGUCCAAAACUGAGGCAUUUUUAAGCUUUUUGAUAUUUUCAUCAUGGAAAGACACUUUUCGUAUUUUGAAAAGUUGUGAAUCCAUUUCUUCCUGGGCAAAAGAUUUUAAAAUCACAAAACGAAGCUCAGAAGCCAUUGCUUGGAAGGCCUGCAAAAACCAUAAGAAGUUUAGUCAUGAAGAUGAUGAUAUGCAGUGCUUCAGUGUUCUGCCCAAUAAUGUAGAGAACUCAAAAGUAGAAGAUGCACUUGACAAUUGGUGGUUUGAAGAUGUUUCAUCCUUACGAGUAGAUCAUUUCAUUGAAGUGGUUCAGUCCCUAAAAUGUAGGGGGAUGAGAGCAGACCUUGUUGGAUCAUGUAUAGCUCAUUGGACUGUUAAAUGGCUUUCAAGAAUUACCUCUGGACUUGAUAGUAUGACCCCCAAGCAUAUGACACAUCAAUACGUAAGAGUUACAACCGAGUGCUUGAUUAAGGUACUGCCUGUAGAGGAGAAAUCAGUCACUUGCAAUUUUAUGCUUCACCUUCUGAAGAUAGGGUUCGUGACAAAAGUGAACUCUGAUUUGUUGAGUCUGCUUGAAAGAAGAAUCACUUUUUUGUUGGAUCAAUGUCGUCCUCUAGAUCUCUUGGUUAGGAACUAUGGAGAUAAAGAUAGCGUCUAUGAUGUGAAUCUUGUUACAAGGGUGGUGCUGGCUUAUGUUUCUAUCGUCUCAAGAAGUAUCACCCCAAAAAUGUUUGCUGUUGGAAGGUUGGUGGAUGGGUAUCUUACACUGGUGGCAAAGGAUGAGAACCUCAAGAUGAGUAAUUUCCGGUUACUAGUAGAAGCAUUGCCUAAGGAGGCUCGUUUUUGUGACGACAAUCUAUAUAGAGCCAUUGAUAUGUACCUCAAGGCGCACCCUAGCUUAACAGAAGAAGAAAGAAUGGCUCUAUGUGGAUUCUUGGAAUAUCACAGACUAUCCCAAGAGGCUCGUGAACAUGUAGCAAAGAAUGAUCGGUUGCCUGUGACGAUUACAGCACGGUUUAUUCUUCUUGAGCAAGUUAACAUGACAAGGUCAAUGACAGCUAUUGGCUCAAAUUACCGAAGAACAAAUACUCAGGCAAUUGUGAGAGUGAACAAAGGUGUAGGUAAGGGGUGGAUGAAUUCCCAGAAGGAACUAAACAUGAUGACAAAAGAGGUUGAAACAAUGAGGGUGCAACUUAAUGAUCUGCACAUGUGUAAAUUAAAGCUUCAAAAUCAACUGAAAGGAUGUAUUGUAUAG